AUGGGCGUGGCGUUCAGCAGCCUGUGGAACUCGCUCUUCGGACAAAAAGAGCUGAAGAUUUGUAUUUUAGGACUAGACAAUGCAGUUGUUGCAACAGCCCCAACGAUCGGCUCUAAUACAGAGACAUUUGAAUACAAGAAUCUAAAGUUCCUUCUUUGGGACGUGGGAGGACAGACGUCGUUGCGUGCGAGCUGGGCUCAGUACCUAACGUCGACGAAUGCAUUGAUUUUCGUCGUUGACAGCAACGACCGCGAUCGUGUUUCGCUAGCCCGGGCGGAAUUGCAUCGCAUCGCGGCCGAUGAAAACCUCGAUCGUGCGCCAAUCUUGGUGUGGGCAAACAAGCAAGAUGUGCGUGGCAGCAUGUCUGCUUCAGAGCUAUCAGACGCUUUAAAUCUUUCGUCAUUCCGCGAUCGAACGUGGCAGAUCUUUGGUUGCUCGGCACUAACAGGGAAAGGAAUCACAUCCGGCCUAGAUUGGCUUGCUACAACGCUCUCGGACAGCAAGGCGUAG